AUGAAAGGACAUACUUUGAAUUUUCGCAAAAAUCCUAACAAGGAUAUAAGUAAUGAUGGAAAGGAGGUCAAACCGGAAUCGCCUCCACCCAAAUUUGUGGAGGAAUCGAAUCUGGAAUUCAAUAUAUUGGCAAGCGAGAAGCUGCCCAACUAUGCGAAACUGGAUCUGUUUCACCGAGCUGUGUAUCCGUUCAUGUUUUUGGCUCAGUGUUUUGCCAUAAUGCCUUUGAUUGGCAUUCGGGAGUCCAAUCCACGAAGGAUUCGAUUUGCCUACAAAUCAAUACCGAUGAUCGUUACCCUGAUUUUUAUGGCUGCCACUUUAAUAUUGUUUCUCGGAAUGUUUACUCAUCUGGUUAAGAUUGGCAUAACAGCUAAAAAUUUUGUUGGACUUGUAUUCUUUGGUUGUGUUUUAAGUGCAUACGUGGUCUUUAUUCGUCUGGCAAAAAAAUGGCCAGCCCUCAUUAGAUAUUGGACCAGAACGGAAAUGGUGUUCACCAAAACUCCCUAUGAAAUACCCAAAAGAAAUCUUUCGCGUCGAGUUCAGUUAGCUGCUUUUGCGAUUAUUGGAUUGUCAUUGGGUGAACAUGCUUUGUACCAGGUAUCUGUUAUUCUGAGCUACCAGCGUCGCAUUAAUUUGUGCACCAAUAUAACUACUCCAGCCAGUUUUGAUGACUACAUCCAAAGGAACUACGACUAUGUGUUUCAACUGCUGCCUUACAGCCCUUUUAUUGGUGCUUUUAUCCUGUUAAUUAAUGGAGUCUGCACUUUCGUCUGGAACUACAUGGACCUCUUCAUUAUGAUGAUCAGCAAGGGUUUGUCUUACCGAUUCGAGCAAAUAACUGCUCGAAUUCGCAAAUUGGAACAUGAGGAGGUCUGUGAGUCGGUGUUUAUUGAAAUCCGAGAGCACUACGUUAAAAUGUGUGAAUUGCUGGAGUUUGUGGAUAGCGGCAUGUCAAGUCUGAUACUACUUUCGUGUGUUAAUAACCUCUACUUUGUGUGCUACCAACUGCUGAACGUUUUCAACAAACUUCGCUGGCCCAUCAACUAUGUAUACUUCUGGUAUUCCCUGCUAUAUCUCCUCGGACGAACCGCCUUCGUAUUCCUUACCGCAGCGGAGAUCAAUGAGGAAUCGAAGAGGGGUCUUGGAAUCCUUAGGAGGGUUUCGAGUCGCAGUUGGUGUGUGGAGGUGGAGCGACUGAUAUUCCAGAUGACGACCCAGACAGUCGCUCUUUCCGGCAAGAAGUUCUACUUCCUCACGCGGCGCCUUCUCUUUGGAAUGGCCGGAACCAUUGUCACCUAUGAGCUGGUCCUCCUGCAAUUCGAUGAACCCAAUCGACGCAAAGGACUGCAGCCCUUGUGCGCCUGA